AUGAGCAGCAAACGCGCGAGCGAAGGCAGCCCAGAUGGCACGCCGGCCAAGCUCACCAAGUCUGAGAAUGGUGACUUCUCACGCUCUGUCCGGAAGAAGUUGACGACGACAUCGCGAACUGGUCAGGCCUGCGACCGUUGCAAGGUGAGACUCGACCAUCAACAUCAUCGUCGUCCUGUCAUAGAGUCACUGACAGUACAUCCANNGGUCAGAAAGAUACGAUGUGACGCUCGCCCAGGAGGAUGCUCACCAUGCAUCGCCAACAACCUCGAAUGCAAGACGACGGACCGUAUCACUGGACGCGCCACCUCGAGAGGCCACACCGAGCACAUUGAAGGAGAGAACAUGGCCUUGAAGCAGCACAUCAACGACUUGCGCCAGCAGUUGAUCGAUUCUGGACUCGACCCUCGUCCUGCGCCAAUCAUGCCCCUGGGCUUUGUCGGCAGUGGUGGCCAGCCUGCCUACGCCUGGCCUCAGCAGAUGUUCGACCUCUCGUCAAUCCUCGGAGCCGAAACUCAUCUCGACCCGGCCAAGUCCCGUGCUCGCACCUCCGCCCUACCCGACUACCGCAACAACUCCCUCGGCGACAACUAUCUCGGUAUCUCUGGCGCCAAUGAAUGGCUGUCGCCCAUCAAGGGCACGUCGGUCGCUCUCUUCGGCAUGGAGCUGGACCUUGUCGACUUUGUUACCAACGACAAUGACGAAGCAUUUUCGCCUACAUCAUACGAGAACUUCCUCAGCAUCGCCUUCAAGUCGUCGCAAGAACGUCCGCCUCCACCUUCAUUCCCUUCGUACCGCGAAUGCAAGGCCCUAUGCGAGUGGUACUUUAUCUCGGUCAACUGCCAUGCGCCAAUCGUCCACAAGCCCGACGUCUUGGAUAUGGUCGAUCGCCUCAACUCGGACGAGGUCUACCAGCCGGAUAUCAGUGAGACUGUCCAGCUGCACAUGAUCAUCGCCAUGAUGUUGUUCCAGUCUUCGGUCAGAAACAGCCGUCCGACGCAAUGGGCCGACCACUACCGUUAUGCUGCCAGUUUCCUUCCUGAUCUCAUGGCCAAGCGUACCCUGCCAAACAUCCAGGCUAUUGCUUUGAUCUGUUUGCAUUUGAGAAACUUUACGAAGCCCGGAGCUGCCUGGUUCAUGUCCACUUUGACACUAAACCUUUGUGCAGAGAUGGGCCUGCACCGAUCGGUCAGUGCUUGGGGCAAGUCCAGCCCGGAGUUCAGCGAACAUGAAAUCGAGAUGCGCAAGCGUGUCUUCUGGAGUGUUCUGGUCAUCCACACUUCCAUUAGCAACAAGCUUGGUCGACCAUUGGCCAUGCGCCUCGAAGACUUUGAUGUCGAGUUUCCCAAGGCUCUUGACGACAACACUGGCAACGAGGCGACUUGUAUCGACGAAUGGCACAAGUGCUCGUACCGUGUCGCUUGCCACAACUUCAAGUGGGUCUUGCUUGUCAUCCAGGUUCAGACCUCGAUUUACUCAGUCCGCGCUCCGCCUCACUCAUAUGAGCUCACCAUCCAGAAGCUCGAGCGUGAUCUCGACUACUUCUUGAAGAGCAUCCCCAUUGAGCUUUCUGGUGGUCCUGAAACUGCUCAGGAUGACAGAGCCUGUUCUCUCUACCUGCAGUUUGGCGCUNNCGAGCUGAACUUGCUCGUUCAUCACCCUGCUGUUGGCACUCAUCAGCGAACNGAUGGUCAGCUGAUGGGCAGUGGUGCUAAGCUGCAGAACGCCGUGCGUCACAUCGUCAACGCUUCCAUUGACAAUAUUCAUCGUCACCUUGCCGCCAAAACCGCAAGCGCUGCUGUUGCUUCGGCCAACAUUGCCCACUCCUCGCCGGCUCUCGGCGACGGCCAACAAGAUGGCGUCAAUGGAUACAAUGCUCCCUCUGGCUAUGCUCCCGCAUAUGUUCCUGCCGAUCCCAGCGGUGCUCCUCCUACAGAUGGAACCGCUGGCGCAUCGUACCUUGGCUCCGAUGAGAACGGUCUGCAAGCCCAACAGUCUUACCAAACCAAUGGCUUCGCAUACCCUGACCCAUCAGGCGCAUCGGCACCUGCGUACCCUGCCUUCGUCGAUAGCAGUGCAUACACCAAUGGAGACGACAUCAAGUCCGAUCUCACUGCUCAACUCGCCGCUCACAAUGCUGGCCACGCCCUACACCAAACCAAUCACACGCACAACCAGAACUUACCGCAACAAAUGGCCCCUCACGACCAGACUGCACAAAACCUUUUCCAAGCAUUCACCUCUCCGUCGCCGAAUAACAGCUACGCUUCUCCUAAUACCCCUGCGACAACCGCACCAGCAAUGACACCUCAACAACAACCCCAACAAAUGAUGAUGGGACCUGUCGCUUGGCGCCACUUUACCCACGACAUGCUCGGUAUCAUGGGCACGGGUUACCCUGGCUUUGACGUCCAGAAUGCAAACGCAUUGUUGGCACUGGGCCAGAAGCCUCCUGGUGUGGAUGCUAGCAGCGUCAUGCCUGUCGGAGAUGGACCACUGCCCUUGAUCGGAGAUGGACUUUGGCCAUUGACGACCUAUGGACCUGUGAGCAGCUCUGCCGGUUAUUGA